CAACAACAUCAACAACAAGCUCUCCGGAAUCCUGUGCAUCCGCCGGUAAACGAUACUUGGUUUGACGGGUUAUUUAUAGUCUCUCUCCGCCGCGAUGAGUGGCAGCAAGCCGAGCGAGAGCGCGAGCGGCGCGCGGCUGUGAGAGCCCGAGAGGAGCUCCAGCCCGGAGGUCUGCCACCAUGAAGUCGAGACGCGACAAACUGAAGAUCCCCUCUCUGACUCUGGAUUUAUCACCCACUUGCCAGAGCCCCACCCUCCUGAGCCCCUGCAGCCCAUGCAGCCCAUGCAGCCCCUUACAAACCCUUCAUCCCUGGAGCUGUCGCAGCAGCAAUAGAAAGAGCCUUGGUGUUGGGACGCCCUCACCGACCCUGUCCCGACCACUGUCCCCCCUCUCCCUCCACACUGCUGCAAGCAGCCCUCUGGACAGCCCUCGAAAUGUGUCGACCAGCACAUGCCUCAACUUUCCAUUCGCUCGAAGUCACUUGGCUCGUGCUGACAGAGCUGAGGGCCGGCGAUGGUCCCUGGCUUCCCUCCCUUCAUCUGGCUAUGGAACCAAUCCGCCAAGCUCCACUGUCUCAUCAUCCUCGUCCUCUCAGGAGCGCCUUCACCAGCUUCCCUACCAGCCGACACAAGACGAGCUGCACUUUCUCUUCAAACACUUCCGCAGCACAGACAGCAUCACGGACGAGGAUGGGCGCCCUUCAACAGUCAUACGACCUCGGUCUCGCAGCCUCAGCCCUGGACGAUCAAGUGUUUCCUUUGAUAAUGAGAUCGUCAUGAUGAACCAUGUCUACAGGGAACGAUUUCCAAAGGCCACGGCCCAGAUGGAGGAGCGCUUGUUGGAGAUCGUCACCCACUACUCUCCAGACAGCUCCCUCCCACUGGCUGACGGGGUGCUGGGCUUCAUCCAGCACCAGCUGGUUGAGCUGGUCAGGGAUUGUCUGGACAAAUCCCAGAAAGGCCUGGUUACUUCCCGCUACUUUGCUGAGCUGCAGGAGAAACUGGAAAACCUGCUUCACGAGGCAUUCGAGCGCUCAGAAAGCGAGGAGGUCAGCGUCAUCACCCAGCUGGUGAGGAAGAUCCUCAUCAUAAUCUCCCGGCCGGCUCGCCUCCUUGAAUGUUUGGAGUUUGACCCGGAAGAGUUUUACCAUCUCCUUGAAGCAGCGGAGGGUCACGCUAAAGUCGGCCAGGGGAUCAAGUCGGACAUCCCACGGUACAUCAUCAGCCAGCUGGGUCUUACCAGAGACCCGCUAGAAGAAAUGGUGCAGCUUGAGCAGUAUGAUGCCAGUCCCUCGGUGACGGUGGAGCCAGAUGCUAAUGUGGAGAAUAAGGCUCCACAGACACUGACUCCAACUCGACGGAAACCUCUUGAGAGCGAUUUUGAGACCAUCAAACUCAUCAGUAAUGGAGCUUACGGGGCUGUGUAUCUCGUCCGUCACAAGGAAACACGGCAACGGUUUGCCAUGAAGAAGAUUAAUCGGCAGAACCUCGUGCUGAGAAACCAGAUCCAGCAGGCGUUUGUGGAGCGAGACAUCCUCACAUUUGCUGAAAACCCCUUUGUUGUUUCAAUGUUCUGCUCUUUUGAGACACGACGCCACCUCUGCAUGGUGAUGGAGUAUGUAGAAGGUGGAGACUGUGCCAACUUGCUGAAGAAUAUGGGCCCAUUACCUGUUGAGAUGACCAGGUUGUAUUUUGCUGAAACCGUUCUGGCUCUGGAGUACCUUCACAACUACGGCAUCGUGCAUCGAGACCUGAAACCUGACAAUUUGUUGAUUACGUCAAUGGGUCAUAUCAAGCUGACAGACUUCGGUCUUUCUAAAAUUGGCCUGAUGAAUAUGACCACCAACCUGUAUGAGGGCCACAUAGAGAAAGACACCCGGGAGUUUCUGGACAAACAGGUGUGUGGCACGCCCGAGUACAUCGCCCCAGAGGUAAUUCUCAGACAGGGCUAUGGGAAACCCGUGGACUGGUGGGCAAUGGGGAUCAUCCUCUACGAAUUCCUGGUCGGCUGCGUCCCGUUUUUUGGAGACACUCCUGAGGAGCUGUUCGGACAAGUUGUCAGUGAUGAGAUAAUUUGGCCAGAAGGAGACGAUGCGCUUCCCGCUGAUGCUCAGGACCUGAUCACCCGCCUGCUCAGACAGAGCCCUUUAGAUCGACUGGGCACAGGUGGAGCCUCCGAGGUGAAGCAGCAUCCAUUCUUCCAGGGUUUGGACUGGAACGGCCUCCUUCGACAGAAAGCUGAGUUCAUCCCUCAGCUGGAAGCCGAGGACGACACCAGCUACUUUGAUACUCGUUCAGAGCGCUAUCAUCAUCUGGCAUCUGACGAGGAUGAGGAAACAAACGACGAAGAGUCUUCCCUGGAAAUCAGGCAAUUUGCUUCCUGGUCGCAUCGCUUCAGCAAGGUUUACAGCAGCACGGAACAUCUGGCGACGCCGUCCAACCUCAGUUUCUCGUCAGACCGCAGCCACAGCGAAGACAAGGACGACCGCUGCGACUCUGUAACUGGGCUCGGUCCGUCACUGAGCCCGGCAGACAGCAGCGCGGAGCGCAGGGCUUCUGGACGCAUGGCCAGCCUUCGCCCUCGAGCUUCGUCGAGCUCCUCCCAGUCUGAGCGCAGCACCAGUCCUCUGGUGAUGAGCAGCACUCACAGCCUUGAGACGAUGCCCCGAUUCGCUCUCUCCACCGAUGACGAAGCUGAGGUCGUGGUGUCAAACCUUCGGAGGAUUAGAAUCCGUAGCAACAGCACCGGGGCCAAACACUCUUCUCCUAAAGACCCAGCGGCUCCCAAGCGCUUUGGCAACCAGCUGGAGACGCCGGACAGACAGAGGCUUCCAUGUGGAGGGAAGGUUCCCAAGUCAGCCUCUGUGUCAGCUCUCUCCCUCAUAAUCACUCCAGAUGAAUCACCCAGCUGCCUCCAGCCCAGUCCCAUCUCCCCACGCUCGCUGUCUUCCAACCCCUCGUCUCGUGACUCGUCCCCCAAUCGGGAUCUGGCCUUCAGCCCCAGCAGCCUGAGGCCGCCCAUCAUCAUCCACACCUCCGGGAAGAAGUACGGGUUCACCCUGCAGGCCAUCCGGGUCUACAUGGGCGACAGCGACAUCUACACCGUGCAUCACAUGGUGUCGAGUGUGGAGGAGGGGAGCCCAGCUCACCAGGCAGGUCUCUGCACCGGAGACCUUAUCACCCACGUGAACGGAGAGUCUGUUCAGGGCCUGGUUCACCCAGAGAUGAUCGAACUGCUGCUGAAGAGCGGCAGCAAAGUCUCGCUGCAGACCAUAGCUCUGGAGAACACGUCGAUCAAAGUCGGUCCAGCCCGAAAGACUAAACACAAAGGCAAGAUGGCCCGCCGCAGCAAGAAGAGCAAGAGGAGAGAUAAUUAUGACAGACGACGAAGCAUCUUGAAGAAACUGUCGAAGCAGAGCACAGUGAUGCACAGCAGCCGCAGCUUCUCCUCAGGUCUCCAUCACUCCGUUUCCUCCAGUGAGAGUCUUCCAGGUUCCCCCACACACAGCCUCUCCCCCGGCCCCUCCACGCCCUGCCGCAGCCCUGCGCCCGACCAUCAGGGCUUGGACACUAACUCUCCUCAGAGCACGUCUCCAUGCUCGAGCUCUCCCAGCUCCCCCGCUGCGCACAUCCGGCCCAGCUCGCUUCACGGCCUGGGCUCCAAACUGAACACCCAGCGCUACACUAAAGUGGGCCGGCGCAAGUCAACCAGCAACAUCCCCCCCUCACCUCUGGCAUGCAAUUCAUCCUCGUCCUCCAGCCAGCCCCUUUCGCCGCAGCGCUCGCCCUCUCCACUGCCGGGUUUUGCGAAAUCGCUUCACACGUACCAUGGCAAAACUCUCUCGCCCCCGACAAUCGUUCGACACAUUGUGCGUCCGCGCAGCGCCGAGCCGCCGCGCUCCCCCUUGCUCAAGAGGGUGCAGUCAGCCGAGAAGCUGUCCGGAGUCUAUCACGCUGACAAGAAGUCAUACACUCCCCGCAGGCACACGCUGGAGGUCCCGUUUUACGGCGAGGGCGAUCUUCUGGGCGACUCAGAAGUGGAAGUUGCCUGCGGAGGCUCUUAUAUCGGUGCGGACCACAGCAGACUGGGGGGCUACAUCUGCAGCCAGAGGAUACGAGACGCGGGCAUCGAGAGAUCAGAGCAGCUGGUCGUGAUGCGGAAGCUGAACCUGUCGGAGCGGCGGGAUUCGUUCAAGAAGCAGGAGGCGGUGCAGGAAGUGAGCUUCGACGAGCCAGAGGAGAAAGCCAGCAGCUCUGCUCCCGGGACGGCUUCAGGAGCCAACACGCAGCCGGAGCAGCAGCAGAGGACAGCUUGGGUGGUCACUCGGCCUCAGAGUAGCGAGGGGGUCGAGCUGGAGGCGCCGGCAGUGAGGAGAUUCACUCUGGUCCCGCAGAUCGCCGUGCAGGGCUCGACGGAGAGCGAGGAGCAGGACGAGUGGGAGCCGUGCUCGGAUGGAGAGGACACGGAGGAAAAGCCCGAGCCCGAGGUGGGCAGCAUGUCAGCUCAGCAGCCAAAAAUGGAGCAUCUGCUUACCGAGAGCAGCUGCAGCCGGGCAGAAGAAACCGUUCCUCGUGGGCCUCAGGCUGCUCCGGCAGCGGAGAAGCCCGAGAGCAGAGAGGAAGCUGCUCAGAAAGGGCAGUCGAGAAAGUGACAGCUCAUCAGCGGACUCACUCCGCCAAGCUGUUUCCAGUCCCACUCCGACAAGCUGCGAGUCCAGAACUCAUUUACAUACUUAAGUGGUUAAAAAAAAAACAGAAAAUUUUACUUGAAUUUUCUAAUGUAAAUAUAUGCCUGGAGGCAUCACAGUGUCAGGUCUUAUUUAUUACGUUUGUAAAGUACUAUCCUUUGUAACAGGGAAAGAGGGAAGUUCUCAUCGGCUGAAUAGUCCCAGUCAGCAUUUUUGUAUCCAUGACACAUGGGUUUAUGUAUUUUGAAUGAAGUUUUAUUUUCUAAUGAUGUUCAGUGUAUUGUUGAGGUACGGAUGAGUCGAGGAGAGAUACUGGGUAUAACUGGGACCAAAUGGUAUGAAAUUUUUUUUUUCUUUUUUUUUCGCACAACUUCUGUGGUUUUGCUGCAGAUCUUCAAACCUUCAGCUUGGCUGAUUUCUGUCAACCGAAUCACUGAAGCCUCACUGUCUGAUCUGUUGCCAGGAGGACCCUUUCUUUUAAGCGAAAAUAUGAACAGCACAAAAAGUAAAGACAUUUCUGUUAAGUAGAUUUUUUAUUUUUACAGUGUUAUUUGGAAAUCAGUUUUACACUGUCAAAAAAACAGUGCUACAUUAGUCAUGCAGUGGAUAUAGGCUUUCACUGUCGAGAUGCAAAAAAAAUGUCUACAAAACAAAAAUGUCCUUACUUUUUGCUCUGGGCUCACAUGUAGAAUAUGCACACUGCACAGCACCGUACUGCUUCUUCAGUGCAGCUCCUUUAUUGGCACCACAAUAUCCAGAAUGCUCAACAUACAAAAGCUAUGAAGGACUAAUCAUGCUUCAGGAAAAACAAAAUAACUACAGCAACAGUGUAUGACAUUUUCCAAAGUUUGCACAACCGUGAAACAAUCUCUUUGUGAAAGAAAGAAGAAACCUGUCAGGAAACGAAGGAUUAGCUUUGUUGUUUGGCUCGUAUUUCAGUGACAACUCUCAUUUCUGUAAUUCAUAUAACUUGAGGUGUGAAUUUGGGGUCACAGUUUUUUGUUUGUUUUUUUCCUCCCCUUCUCAAAUCACAGUAACUGAGGGUCAUGGUGCGGCUCACAAAAAGACGACCUUCACACUUUGGAUUGAGUUUCUUGGUCGCCACAAAAAGUUGGGGGUGUUGCGCUCAGGUCUGGUUUGCUUCACACUCACUGGCAUCUUUAUCAGACCUGCAGAUGUAAAGAGUUGUCUGUUAUGGCUUCAUAACAAUGCUGUGCUAAAUGAAAACAUGGAGGGUCAGGUUAUUGUGGGAUUUUUACUAAUUAAUAACUCGGCGAUGGCUUAUAAAAUGUCUGAAAGAUAUAUGGAUAGAGCUUUACUGAUUUCUUCAGUAGGGUACCUCCGGAAAAUUGCGGUUCUGAAAGCCACACAGUACCGACCAAGAACAAAACAAAACACAAAGAAAAAAAACCCGGUAUGUCAAUUAAGAGAAAGGCGUGCAACCGUUGGGCAGAGGGUGGGCAUAAAGAGAUUUUUUUUUUUGUUUGUUUGUUUUUUUGUUUUGUUAUAUUAGCUUACCUUUUUGGGCUUAAUUACUUUGCCAUGUCAUGUUGAACAUUGAAAGUGUUGCAUCCCUUUGUAUUUUGGAGUAUUAUUUUCUGGAAUCAGGCGCGUGACAGUUUGGCAUGAGCAUCAUUUAACCUUCAUGCCUGAAUGGUCCGCACCUCCUUAAUGUACUGUGUAGUGAUGUUUACAUCAGAGAGGGAAUGUGCACUAAUGUAUUUUGACAUGAGUUUUGUAAUAAAUGUCAAAGGUGAAACAGCUGAGGGACACAUCCACAGUGAAUCCAAACCCAGGGCUCAUUUGAACAAGUGUUUUUUGUCUUUGUAUUGUACAAAUAUUGAUGUAUAUUUUGGCUAAAAAAAGAAAUGAGGCUCUGUAUAUUUCCAAAUGUAUUGAAGGACUUCAUAUGCACAAUGAUGUGUGGCACCACAACUUUGUCAGUUCUGACUUGAAGGGAUAAGCUGUUUUAUAAAAUCGUGUCUUGUUGGGAUGCAGAAAUGCGAUCCACAUCCUUGCUGUCUGGAUGUACGUUUUCACUACAGAAGUGACGCCUGAAAUGUAAUUUUCCUGUCACUGUUAACUGGCUUUUGUAUCCACUUUCUAUUGGUCUUCUGUUCGAGAAGUAUCAAAUUAAUCCAUCGAUGUGUUACUCAGACCCCCCCACCCCCCACCUUGGUAACAGUUUGGAAGGCACAGCCUUCCAGGACAUCAAACAGUGGCCUGGGUUAUCGUCUGCAUUUUAAAACAAGUGUUUACAAUGAACAAACAUGCUAUGUACUGUACAAACAUUUUGUAUCCUGUGGCUGAAUAUGUUGAAACUAUCCUCUUUGAUACCACAGAAGGAAACGCAUCUCCUUGACGUUACAUAUCUGUUUUUGCUUGGUUUUGACAAAGCCGUUCUUGGUUUUAUGUUUUUGUGUUACCUGGUUUUUGCCACUAGUUUUCUGUUUUGUUUUUUUGUUGUUGUUGUUUUUGUUUUGUUUUAUUUUGGAAUGAUGUCUUAUAUGGCAUUUCAAAAUGCAGCAGGAUGACGAUGAUACAAAUUUCAUUAGUCCUGUUAUUUUAAAUGAAAUUCUAGCAUUUUGUGUCAAAGAAAUUGAAAGGUAAUUUUUACAUAAACAAAUUUAGAUUCAUUGACUUCUAUGGAUUGAAAUGUGCACAGCUUUAAAAUGGGCUGCAGAGCUUUACAGAAUGUCACUAAUACAUCUAAGUUUUUCAAAAGGAGAAAAAGGGAGAAACGGAUCUUUCUUUUGGAUAAUCUGGAUUCUGAUAUGAAUGUGAACAUAGUUUGCUGACCUCCAGCAGUUAAAAGUUUCAUGUUUCUGCAGUGGGAGGUGAUUAUUUCUGCAGGUCAGCUGGUGUGAUGUGCUCAUCCUGAACAAAGUGGCAGGAAAAUCUGUUGUAUGCGUGCAUGUGUUCUCCUGUGGACUCUUCUGUUCAGUGCAUGCUGCAUGAGACAAGCACACAGCUGUAAUACUUGACUGCAUGGUAUAUUGGCGGUGUCGCCCUGUACUGUGUUUUCUCGUGCAACAAAUAAACUUUGUAUUUCUCCUUGACUCCUC